CAUAUGUGUUUCUAACCUGAGAUCUCGAAAUGCAUCGUGAUUCCUGUCCAUUGGACUGUAAAGUUUAUGUAGGUAAUCUUGGAAACAAUGGUAACAAGACUGAAUUGGAACGAGCUUUUGGCUAUUAUGGACCACUCCAAAGUAUGUGGGUUGCUAGAAACCCUCCUGGCUUCGCUUUUGUUGAAUUUGAAGAUCCCCGAGAUGCAGCCAAUGCUGUCCGAGAGCUAGAUGGGAGAACACUAUGUGGCUGCCGAGUAAGAGUGGAACUGUCGAAUGGUGAAAAGAGAAGUCGAAAUCAUGGCCCACCUCCUUCUUGGGGUCGUCGCCCUCGAGAUAAUUAUCAGAGGAGGAGUCCUCCACCUCGCCGCAGAUCUCCAAGACGGAGAAGCUUCUCCUGCAGCCGGAGCAGGUCCCUUUCUAGAGAUAGGAGAAGAGAGAGAUCACUGUCCUGGGAGAGAAAUCACAAGCCGUCCCAAUCUUUCUUUAGGUCUCGUAGCCGAUCUAGGUCAAAUGAAAUAGAAGACCAGUUUGCAAGAGGAGUGAUGUACAGGAAAUAACUUCAUUUGACAGGAGUAUGUACAGAAAAUUCAAGUUUUGUUUGAGACUUCAUAAGCUUGGUGCAUUUUUGAAAUGUUU